AAUAGCAGAAUUUUUCGAAUUUUUCGCCUGACGUUUGAUCUUCUUUUGAUAUUGUUCUCGUGUUUGAGAAAGCCGAGGAAUGAUGCAGGAUACAAUCUCAGAUCAGGAACAAGACGAUCCCGAUGCCGAGUUCGUCGAAAUUGAUCCUACGGGCCGAUAUGGUCGGUACAAGGAGGUUUUAGGAAGAGGAGCUUUCAAAAAAGUAUACAGAGCAUUUGAUGAACUGGAAGGUAUAGAGGUGGCAUGGAAUCAAGUUAAGGUCACCGAUCUUCUGCGAAAUUCGGAAGAUUUGGAGCGAUUAUAUUCUGAAGUUCAUUUGCUCAAAACAUUGAAGCACAAGAAUAUAAUCAAGUUUUAUAAUUCGUGGGUCGAUACCAAAAAUGAAAAUAUCAACUUCAUCACUGAGAUUUUCACUUCGGGUACCCUGCGGCAGUAUCGGAAGAAGCAUAAGCAUGUUGAUUUGAGGGCUUUGAAGAAAUGGUCUAGGCAGAUCUUGGAGGGCCUUCUUUAUCUUCAUGGCCACGACCCCCCAGUGAUUCACCGGGACCUGAAAUGUGAUAACAUCUUCGUCAAUGGCAACCAAGGCGAGGUGAAGAUCGGGGAUCUUGGAUUGGCUGUUAUCCUUCGCCAGGCUCGUGCAGCACAUAGUGUUAUUGGUACACCAGAGUUUAUGGCACCUGAACUCUACGAAGAGGAGUACAAUGAGCUCGUAGAUAUUUACGCUUUCGGCAUGUGUUUGCUGGAGUUAGUGACAUUUGAGUAUCCAUACCUUGAAUGUGCCAAUGCAGCUCAAAUAUUCAAGAAGGUGACAUCGGGAAUAAAGCCAGCAUCAUUGGCAAAAGUGACUGAUCCUGGAGUCAAGUUGUUUAUCGAAAAAUGUAUUGCUAAAGCCUCCGAACGGUUGUCUGCUAAAGAGCUUUUACGGGAUCCGUUUCUCCAACCGGUUGAGGAAAAUGACAGUGUAGGUCGUUCUUUGCGAGUUAAUCCCCACAUUUCAGAUGGAAAUACAAAGGAUCUUCAAUUCGAGGCGAGCCUAGAUGUUAAAGUGCAAGGCCAGACGAGAGAUCUUAACACGAUAUUUUUGAAACUAAGGAUAGCAGAUUCAACAGGCCAUAUUCGCAACAUCCACUUCCCAUUUGACAUUGAAGCUGAUACAGCAUUUGCUGUUGCUAGUGAAAUGGUUGAGGAGUUGGACUUAACAGAUCAAGAUGUUCCGACAAUUGCUGAAAUGAUUGAAUUGAAAAUCAGUUCUCAUAUCCCCGAUUGGGUUCCCCGUGAAGAAUUUUCGCCUUCUGAUAUUUCUGAAAGUAAGGUUGAUGGAUCUCCAAUGGCUUACGAUCCAACCGCAUCUCCAGGUCGUCUUUCACUCGAGAGAUUGCCAUCAGGUCGAAGAUACUGGUCUGACUCUCCCAAAGCAGCCGGUGGAAUAUCUCCAUCCAGGUUCGGGUUUUCAUACACGGCUCCUCAGAUACCUUUCGUACGAUCUGCGGAUAACUUGGGUGAACAAUAUGAACAGUUCAACGAUAGCUAUGAAAGUGGAGGUAAUAUAAAUAGAGGUAUUUCACUUGUUCGAGUGCCGAAUAAGGUCGCUUAUGAACACGACACAGAUGACGAUGGCCUGGCCAAAGAUGAAAGAGGCCCUACCGACAUGCAAUCGAGUGUGUUCAACGAAAACCUUCAUGGAAUGAAUUCCCCAAGGGAGAACUGUAAACUACCAAAGGACACUGAUAUUAGAGCGAAGUCGAUAUCCAAAAGGCUCAAAUCCUUGUUGCUAAAGCAGCAGCUAGAGUUAGAUGAGCUAAAGAAGAAGCACAGAUUAAAAAUAUUACACUUUCUGAUAGAACUUCCUCCAGAAAUCCGUGACGAGGUUUUGGGUACAUGUAACAUGAACAUUUCCGACUACGAUAUCCAAAAUGCAACGAACGAAUAAUCGUGCAUCCGACAUAUGCUAUAAUCCAGCUAUGUUCAUCUUAGAAUCUUUUGUUUUUGUUGGUAAAGUUGGACACACUAUGUUGGUAGCCGAUAAAUACGAAGAGCAUCGGAUAAUGGCUGACGAGGCGAGACAAG